AUGGCGCCCAAAGCGAACAUCCCAAUUAUCGACAUCGACGAGCCCAGCGUCGACAAGACUGUCAUCGCACGGAAGCUGGUAGAUGCCGCUGUCGAUCAUGGCUUCAUUUACAUCCGUAACACGGGCAAGUUCAUCAACCUUGGUGAUAUUGAUGCCGCCUUUGACCUGUCGAAGAAGCUCUUCAAGGCUCCCGUAGAGGAGAAGGCUGCCUGCACUAUUCAGCAGAACAACCGUGGUUGGUCAGGCAUGCAUUCUGAGACGUUGGAUCCUAAAAAUCAGAAAGUCGGAGACUACAAGGAGGCCUUCAACUUUGGCGAGUUCAAGGAUGGCAAAGCCCAACAACCACUUCCCCCGACCAUCCAGUCCGAUGAGCCCUUUCUCAACUCUUUCAGAGACCAGUGCCAUGCACUCUGCUUGGAACUCUUGAACCUCCUCGGCAUCGGCCUUGAAGUCGACCCUCCAACCUUCUUCUCCUCUGCCCACCUCCGUGAGAAGGGCGAAUCAGGCACCAUCCUUCGCAUGCUCUAUUACCCGCCCUCGUCUGCCACCGCCUCCAACCCAGAUGACGUCCGCGCCGGCGCCCACUCCGAUUACGGCUCUCUGACCCUCCUCUUCCGCCUACGCGGCCAAGCCGGGCUGGAAAUUCUUACCCGCGAGAACGCGUGGGCACCCGUCCCCGUCACGCCCCCCGGCACCGAAAACGACGCCCUCCCGCCCAUCCUCAUCAACAUCGGCGACUUGCUUUCGUACUGGACUAACGGUCUCUUCCGCAGCACCGUGCACCGUGUUGUUUUUGGCGGUGAGGGAGCCCCUGGCGAGACUGACACGGGGCCGAGGUACUCCAUGGCCUUCUUCUGCCAUCCCGUCGGAUCCGUUGCGCUAGACCCCGUGCCGAGCGAGAGGGUGAAGAACUUUGUCGCGCCAGAGGGCACACCUCAUGCGAAUCCGUAUGCGGAGAGAAAGGUGCUCACUGCGGACGAACAUCUUCACAUGAGGUUGAAGGAGAGCUAUAAGGAUUUGUACAAGGAAGAAGAUAAGGCAUAG